CAUAACUCUAUACAAUCAAUAAGAUACCCACUUUUCUUCACUACCUCUUUCCCAAUUACCAAAAAAUCUGUGCAAACUUCGAAUGGCUCAUCGCCUCUAUCCUUCCUUCUUCAAGAUCUUGCUCGACCCAUCUGCCCCUCACCUGCCAUUACCACCUGAUUUCGUCAGAAACUACUUAAAGAACAAAACCCUUAAAGAUCUAAUCAUCCGAUCUGCAAAAGGGGGGUAUUCAUGGCGAUUAAAGAUCAAGAAAAUCGGCGAAAGUUUCUGUCUUUCCGGCGGAUGGGAGUCUGUUGUUCAAGAUAUUCAAUUGGGGUUUGGGGAUUUUCUUGUUUUUAGGGUUCUUGAUAAGUCUUUGUUUAAAUUGAUGGUUUAUAGUCCGAAUGGGUGUGAAAAAUAUUUCCCACCGAAAUCCCAUGUGGAUAAUGGUGUUGUAGAUCAUGAUGAUCAUAUUGAAGAUGUUGUUGUUGAAGAUGGUGAUGAUGAUGAUGAUGAUGAUGAUGUUGUUGAUGAUGAUGAUGAUGUUGAUGUGGUUGUUGAAGAAGAAGAUGAAUUUGAAGAUGAGGAUGAGGAUGAGGAUGAGGAUGAGGAUGAGGGAGGGUAUGAAGAGUUAGAAGAUGAUGUUGAUGAUGUGGAAGAUGAUGGUGAUGGUGAUGGUAAUGGUGAUAUUGAUGGUCAUGAUGGGGAUCCUUUCUUUAUGAUCAAAAUCGUAAAAUCUCACAAAACUAUGAUGCGGCUGCCGGCGGAUUUUGUGGAGUUGGCCGGAAUAGAGGGUGAGGGAACUCUAACGGCGGCGAAUGUUGACGGCAAAGAGUGGGAAUUGGGGGUGCGCGUGGAGAAAUAUUACUAUUAUCUUUCGGCUGGAUGGCGCGAUUUCAGGCGAAGUAAUGAUUUAUGUGAAGGUGAUGAAUGUGUGUUUAAGUUUAUAAGAAAUGAAGAUAAGUUACUCUUGGCAAGAGUCACCAAGAAUAAACGGCCAGCAAAGUAUCCGUUCGGCGAAAAACCUUCGCCGAUCGGAGAUGUGAAGAGGAAGAGACGUGGGCCAUAUAAGCCGAUACGUGGAAGGCCAUGUAGGCCAAUACGUGGCAGGCUAGCUAGGCGAAAAUAAGGUGUUUGUUUUAAAUUGAGUAAAUUGUCAUUUUAGUCCUUGAGUUUUUGUUCAAAUAGUUUUUUUUUUCCUUCUCUGGGUCCCUGACUUUUCAUUUUUCUUGCCAUUUUGAUCACAUUGCCUAACUUAAUCUAAAAACCAGGUUAUAAUCAGGGGUAUUUUUGGCAUUAAAAAUGAUUAUGAGGUUUAUAAAUUAUAUUGUAAACUACCCUGGUUAUCACUACACAACAUUUAUGUCAAAAAUACCCUUGGUUAUAACCAGAUUUUUAGACUGAGUUAGGCAAUAUGAUCAAAAUGGCAAGAAAAUGGAAAAGUCAGGGACCCAGUGGAGAAAAAAAAACUAUUUGGACUAAAAUAACAAUUUGGAUCAAACCUCAGGGACUAAAAUGGCAAUUUACUCUUUUAAAUUUUGAUUGUAAUUCAUGUUAGACUAUUGUUGAAAUAAUAGAGAUUUGGGCUAACUAUAGGCAAUUAUGUA